ACAGAGUAGCUGAGCUCAUUCAAGGUAGAAAGUUGGUGAGUAUGAACAGUAUGGCAGCAAGGAUAUGGAUACUCUUAAUGUGUACAGUCCUCACUGGGCAAGGGGCAAAGGCUCAGGACUGUGGAGUGGCCCCUCUGAACACAAGAAUAGUGGGUGGUGAGAAUGCUACGGCUGGCUCGUGGCCUUGGCAGGUCAGCAUACACCUCAAUGUGCUUGGGAGUCACAUCUGUGGAGGGACCCUCAUCAGUGACCAGUGGGUGCUCACAGCAGCCCAUUGCAUUGUACAAAAAUCACCAAGUGCAUGGACCCUCUACUUGGGACGACAGACUCAGGCCGGCCCUAAUCCUAAUGAGGUUUCAAGCAGCGUUUCCCUGGUCAUCGUCCAUCCUGACUACAACAACACACUGUACAACAAUGACAUUGCUAUGAUGAAGCUCAGCAGCCCUGUCACUUUCAACAACUACAUCAGACAAAUCUGCCUAGCUAGUAGCUCUAGCCAGUUCUUUACUUCCACUUCAUGCUGGGCCACCGGUUGGGGAAAACUCAAUAUAAAUGAUACCUUGCCAGCGUCUCAGGCACUGCAACAAGUUCAGAUUCCUGUUGUUGGAAACAGGCAGUGCAAGUGCAACUACAUCAAAGUCAAAGAAGCAACCAUCACUGACAACAUGAUUUGUGCAGGCCAAGAGAGCAAAGGAGCUUGUCAGGGGGACUCUGGUGGACCUUUGCAAUGCAAGCAAGGCUCAUCGUGGAUCCAGGCUGGCAUAACAAGUUUUGGAGUACCCUGUGCUACGGCUGGUUUUCCUGAAGUCUAUGCUCGAGUUUCUCAGUUUCAGGCUUGGAUCACAGCACAAAUUGCAGCAGCACAAGUUAGCUUUGUGAGAUUCAAUUCUACGGGCACUAACCAAGACAGCAGCUUUGUGUGUCCCAACUCUGGACAUUCCUUCAAGCCUUCAUCUCAGUUUGCAUUUGUUAUCUUAGUGACAGUGUUGCUGCAUCACAUUUUAGCUCAAUAGAACAACUUGAUCACUGGCAUAUUCUGUUGCAAUUAAUUCAGUCAACAAAUUAUUUACAUGUUUUUUAAUGAAUGCUUAAAUAUUCUAUAUAAUUGCAAUACACUGAGAUUAUGAUGUUUGUGGUUGGAUUUAUUUAAUAAAAAUGUAACUUCCACAGGUUUUAUGUAGAAGAUAGAAUUGAAAGACCUCAGGUAGUUUCCCAUUAAAAUAAGAAAAAAAAUAUAAUAGUCAUUUUUUCCAAAGAAAUCAUUAUGGUGUCAUUAUUCAGUUUAAUUUCUUCUAAUCAGAGUGUGAUCUAUAUUUAAACCAUGUUAUAGAAACAGAACUCUAUUUUAACACAUGUGGUUACCAAACCCCCACACAUCAGUUUUGCAUCUGUUAAACCUGCUCCCUUGAUUAAGUUCUUCUGACUGAACCGAAUGCUUGUCGGGAAGGACUAGUGCUUCACUAUAGGGGGUUGCAUAAGGACCUCCAGCAUGCCAGACCAGCAUGACAGUAAUCAGUGAUUUUAAACAUUUACAGUGAUGCUCCAGAGAAGACAGAAACUUGUGGUUUGUCAAAAGAUAGUAUUUCCCCUUCACACUCCUCUGAUCAAACAGUCAAGUUUAAGUCAAAUUAAAAAAGUAUUAGUUUUUAACAUAUUAAUUUAGGUCAAUAAUACGUAUUAAAAAGUGGAAUUAA